AUCCGUAAAUGAUUGUUUGGCUUGAUUUUUAAAAGUAGAACUAGAACUAAACAAGCAAGCUUAGUAGUUAGAAAUAAAUACUGAACCGGAAUUCUACCGGUUUCAAUAGCUCGGUUUAUCAAUUUCUCUCGGCUCUGGGUUGAUUAUUCGUGUAGGGUUUGGUUUAGCAAUUUGCAGAUUGACAAGGGAACUCAAUCAGCUGGAGCCAAAUCAAGAAGACGAUGAGAUCGAUUUUGAUCGCAAUUGCACUGGCACCAAAGCGAUUUGUUCAUCAAAAUCUCCAGGGAACCGGUAGUCCUCUAAGUUCUCUUUCUUCACUCUGUUGCUGGGGACGAGCUUUUUCUGGUCGCAGUGAUGAUGAUUACAGAGAGAAGCUGAGAAAUGGUUUUCUAGAAGAUACUAAGAUAGAAGAUGCGGUUGGUUUGUUCAGUGAGAUGGUGAAGGAGAAGAUGGAGAUGCUGGGGAUUACACUUGACCUCUAUACAUACAGUAUUUUGAUUAACUGUUUCUGCAAAUCCUCUCAACUCCCUCUGGCUUUAGCUAUGGCUGGUAAGAUGAUGAAACUUGGGUAUGAUCCCAAUGUUGUCACGCUUUCUUCCCUACUCAAUGGAUACUGCCGCUGUAACAGAAUCUCCGAGGCAGUAGCUUUGGUUGAUCAAAUGGUGGAAACGGGUUAUCAACCUAAUACCAUCACCUUCAACCUGCUAAUCCACGGGCUCUUUCUCCACAACAAAGCUUCUGAAGCGGUGGCUUUAGUUGAACUUGACCGGAUGGUUGAGAAAGGAUGUCAACCAAAUCUGGUUACUUAUGGUGUUUUAGCAAAUGGGUUAUGUAAGAGAGGUAAUAUUGACUUGGCUUUAGAUCUGCUCAAGAAGAUGGACAAGGUGAACAUAGAGGCAAAUGUUGUGAUCUACUCUACAGUCAUUGAUGGUUUUUGCAAAUACAAACACGUCGAUGAUGCACUCGACCUCUUCAGUGAAAUGGAGAACAAAUGGAUUCGAGGGAAUGUUUUUACUUACAACUCCCUCAUUAGCUGUCUCUGUAGUUACGGAAGAUGGAGCGAUGCAUAUCGACUACUCAAAGAGAUGAUUGAGAGAAAGAUAAACCCAAAUGUUUUUACUUUCAGCGCGUUGAUAGAUUCGUUUGCAAAAGAGGGGAACCUUUUAGAGGCUGAAAGUUUGUACAAGGAGAUGAUCCAAAGGUCUAUAGCUCUUGAUAUUUUCACAUAUAAUUCAUUGAUCUAUGGGUUUUGCAUGCACGAUCGGAUAGACGAGGCUAAGCAGAUGUUUGAUUUGAUGAUUAGCGAGGAUUGUUACCCAGAUGUAGUUACUUAUAAUACUCUUAUUAAUGGAUUCUGCAAGUCUAAAAGAGUGGAAGACGCGUGGGAAUUAUUCUGUAGCGUCGACCUUAAAGGAGUGAAGCCUGAUGUCAGAACAUACACUAUAAUGUUCUCAGGAUUCGGUGUGAAACGCUUAAAGCAGGAAGCUGUUGCCUUGUUUAGGAAGAUGAAGGAAGACGGGCCUCUCCCAGAUGACCGUACCUAUAAUGCGCUAAUCAGGGCACAUAUGUGGGAUGGUGACAAAGCAGCAUCAGCAGAACUCAUCAAAGAAAUGACGAGUUUCGGUUUUGCAGAGGCUUCGUCGACCUUUGGCUUGGUCACUAAUAUGUUACAUGAUGGGAGAUUGGACAAAAGCUUCCUCGACAUGCUUUCUUAACCACUGAGAGAAGAAUUGCGAGGCUAAUUAAUUUGACUGCUUCUAUUCUUGUGAGCAACAUCUCGGUUGCUGCUAUGAAAUUCCACUUGUUGAUGCAAGAUCAGUGCUCAAAUGAAGUAAGAUAAGCUCUUAUGAUUUUUUUUAUAGAUUCCAAAGGAUGUUGUUUUGAGUUUUUGUGUGUUUCAUCAUUUUUCUUUGUAACUUGGUUGAUUUGACGUAACAUGGAAAAUAUUGCGGAUAAAAAUAUGAUGAGCUCUGAGCCAAUAGGGUCAAGCAGGAGGGAAAUAGGAUUCCCAACUGUUAUUCUGAAUAUUCAGGUUUAGGUGGUUUUUAACAUCAA